UACAGCUCGAGUGUGAAGGUGUUUCUGAGGAGGACAGCUCCCGUCAUCUCUCUCCCCUCUUCUCACAACCGAACGAACGGGUCAGCGUCAGCAACCGUGCCCAAACCUGCAUGUUUGGCUUGGUCAUGGCCUCCCCCCCUCAUAAGUGAGCAUUAUGGAUUAGGCUAGUGGAGGGGAGGCGACUGUAAAUCCCCACUGUAGUGCUGAUCUGGAUUUAAACGCUGGACAGAUAAAUUGUCUUUUGGGUAUAGCAGCCGAAGCGGGACAAUGGAUACGAACAUGCGCAAAUUUACUGUUAGAAGAUGGUUUUCCGUCUACCUGCGCCGAAAGUCGCGAUCUAAAAGCUCGAGUUUAUGCAAACUAGAGGACGACAGCAUCUUAAAGGAAUUUGAUAUCAGCGAUCAUGUGAAAGAGGGCUUUGAGAAAGCAGACCCGUCGCAGUUCGAGCUGCUCAAGGUGUUGGGUCAAGGCUCCUAUGGAAAGGUGUUCUUGGUGAGAAAAAUCAAAGGUUCAGAUACAGGACAACUCUAUGCCAUGAAGGUCUUAAAAAAGGCAACACUAAAAGUGCGGGACAGAGUGAGAUCGAAAAUGGAACGAGACAUUCUCGCAGAAGUGAAUCAUCCCUUCAUUGUCAAACUCCACUAUGCAUUUCAGACAGAAGGAAAGUUGUACCUUAUAUUGGACUUUCUCAGAGGGGGAGAUCUAUUCACACGCCUCUCCAAAGAGGUUAUGUUUACAGAAGAAGAUGUGAAGUUCUAUUUGGCUGAGCUGGCCUUGGCUUUGGAUCAUCUUCAUAGUCUGGGCAUCAUCUACCGAGAUCUAAAACCAGAGAACAUUCUCCUUGAUGAAGAAGGCCACAUAAAGGUCACAGAUUUUGGCCUGAGCAAAGAGGCAAUUGACCAUGACAAACGAGCGUACUCGUUCUGUGGGACGAUCGAGUACAUGGCCCCAGAGGUUGUCAAUAGACGAGGUCACACUCAAAGUGCUGACUGGUGGUCCUUUGGAGUCUUAAUGUUUGAAAUGCUGACUGGAUCCCUGCCAUUUCAAGGCAAAGACCGCAAAGAGACCAUGGCACUUAUUCUCAAGGCAAAACUAGGCAUGCCGCAGUUCCUUAGCCCUGAAGUCCAGAGUUUAUUGCGGGCUCUCUUCAAAAGAAACCCUUCCAAUAGAUUAGGCGCAGGACCUGAUGGAGUGGAAGAAAUCAAGAGGCAUAUAUUUUUUGCAACAAUAGACUGGAAUAAGUUGUACAGACGAGAAAUCAAGCCUCCGUUCAAACCAGCAGUGGGCCGACCAGAGGACACAUUUCAUUUUGAUCCUGAGUUUACAUCCCGCACACCGACAGACUCGCCCGGUGUUCCAGCCAGCGCUAACGCACACCAGCUCUUCCGUGGCUUCAGCUUUGUGGCGUCUAACCUGGGUCAAGAACAACCUUUGGUUGAGAUCAAGCAAAUCUCUGGAAACCCCAUUGUACAGCAACUUCAUGGCAACAACAUUCAUUUCACUGACGGCUAUGAGUUGAAGGAGGAUAUCGGCAUCGGAGCGUAUUCGGUCUGCAAACGUUGUGUUCACAGAAUCACCAGUGUGGAGUAUGCUGUUAAAAUUAUUGACAGAGCCAAGAAGGACCCGUCUGAAGAGAUUGAGAUUCUUCUGCGAUACGGCCAGCACCCAAACAUCAUUACUCUGAAAGAUGUCUAUGAUGACGGCAAGUUUGUGUAUCUGGUGAUGGAGCUGAUGAGAGGAGGAGAGCUGCUGGACCGAAUCCUGCAGCAGAAGUGCUUCUCAGAGCGGGAGACCUCAGCCGUACUCUGCACCAUCACCAAGACUGUGGAGUAUCUGCAUUCACAGGGGGUUGUGCAUCGAGACUUGAAGCCCAGUAACAUCCUGUAUGUGGACGAAACGGGCGACCCAGAGUCCAUCAGAAUCUGUGAUUUUGGCUUUGCCAAACAGUUGAGGGCUGAAAAUGGUCUGCUCAUGACACCGUGCUACACUGCAAACUUUGUGGCUCCAGAGGUCCUGAAGAAACAGGGAUAUGAUGCCGCCUGUGAUAUCUGGAGUCUGGGAAUCUUACUUUACACUAUGCUGGCAGGUUUCACGCCCUUCGCUAACGGCCCUGACGACACACCAGAGGAGAUCUUGGCUCGCAUUGGCAGUGGGAAGUUUGCCCUCUCAGGAGGCAACUGGGACACAGUGUCUGACGCAGCCAAGGACAUUGUCACUAAAAUGCUACACGUGGAUCCUCAUCAGCGGCUGACGGCACCUCUUGUUCUCAGACAUCCCUGGAUAGUGAACCGUGAUGAGUUAUCUCAGAGCCAGCUGAUCAGACAGGACGUGCAACUAGUGAAGGGGGCGAUGGCUGCCACAUACUCCGCUCUGAAUCGAUCCCCUCAAGCCCCAAAACUGGAACCAGUGCUCUCUUCCAGUUUGGCCCAGAGAAGAGGCAUGAAAAGACUAACAUCCACUCGUCUAUAGCACUUCAGCCAGACACAGGAGCGUCUACAGCUUUAAGAAAUGUCAGAGCGCCCAGGCUUUUGGACAAGGUACCAGACGAGCAUCCGGAGCAGUGUGGGAAAAUUGGAUUGAUCACAGAGUGUCACAGCGAUCUCCAAAGAGAGACAAAUGAUCUGCCAAGUGACUCCGCUGAUGUCGAGAUUGAUGAGGGCCAGAUGCAAACAUCACAGCUGUCAGUGCUCAAAAACUGAUCUUUCAGAGCGCUGCGCUGUUUGUGUGUGUGUGUGUAUGUGUGUGUGUGCCACCCCUGGGUAACACUGGAGUGUAGCAUCAUGGAGUGUUUUGUUUUAUAGCAAAGAUCACAGUUAUCUCUCCCAAAGGUGCGGUCAGCCGGAAAUCCAGUCAUUCAUAAAAGUUGCUACUUCUUGCUGCAGACACUUUAAUUAGAGCCAUGUAGAAGUUAGUAGAAGAUUCUUUGUUCUUUUAUGGCGACAGUGCUGCGCCUUUAAUGUGCCAGCAUUAUUAGCAUCUUUUGAACAUGCAUGCCACGUACAGUAUGUAUUUUUAUGACAAACAAAUGGUUCUAACAUGCUAAUGAAAGCACAAAGAACAUAUUUUAUGUCACUAAUUGUUUUACUAGUUGAUUGGUCUUAUGUAAUGCUGAAACGUUUUACAAAAACACCUGUUUAUAUUUUUUUCAACAUGCAUUUUUGGACCAAAUUGGUUUAUUUCUUUAUUUAUUUGCUUAUUUAUUUAAUUAUUUAUAAAUCCAUUUGUUGAUAUGCACGUUUAUCUUCAUUUCUGUUAAUUUAUUUAUGUGUUUAUUGAAGAUAAGAUGGUUUAUCUAAUUAUUUUUAAGUGACCUUUAUGCAUAAGCACGGAACCUAAACAAGUGCCACACAUUUGCACUAGUUUGAGUCAACAAUGAUAAAGAAAUAAAGUUUAGAAAAUAAACAUGUGCAUGUAUUUUAACUUUCAUAGAAAAAAAAAAUGUGAAAAAAUAUAGUUUGAACUAGAUGAUUUGGAUCAGUGAUCUUGAAAAGCCGACAUGCUUUAUGUACUGAGGUCAUCAUCUAUUACACUAACAUUUAUCCAUUAUAAUCUUCUGUUAGAUGAUGUGUGAGACGACCUUAACAAAUGUUAUAUCAUUCUUCCAUCAGAAGUCAUAACUUGCAGUAACACUUUAUUUCAAUGGACAGUCAACUAACUAUAAGUAACUUUGCAACUGUCAACUACCAGUAAUUGGAGAAUUCUUAAUAUCUGCUAACACAAUUUAUUUUGAUGCUCUUCAACAGAAUAUUUGCAACAUGUCAACUUAACCCAAACACUAACACCGAACAGUCUCUGAGAGUUAGCUGAUAUGUCGCUAUUUGCAAAAUUACUACCUAUAGUAGAAUGUCUAAUUUAGACCAUCGAAAUAAAGUGUAACCCUUUCUAUGUAUUAGUUAAUAACCAUGUAUGUGCUCUCCACACGUAGCACUCUGCUUAAUUAAUAAUCUAAAAUUUUAUUUGCAUGCCAUACACAAUUUGUAGAAGCCUCUGAAAGUUUAAUGUAAUCAGUACAGAUAAAAAUAACCUUGAUUUUGUAUGAUAAAAAAUGACUCUCUAGAAGACCAGUCCUGUAUUUUUGAAUGAAUAUGAUCAAUACCUUUUCCGAAAUGAAGGGAUAGUUCACCUAAUAACGAAAAUGUUGUCAUCAUUUACUCACCCUCAAGUUGUUCCAAACUAUGAGUUGAACAACAAAAGACUUCGAAGAAUGUUGAUAGGCUACGGACAGUUGAUGGUAUAACUUCUUUAAAUAAAUUUGUAUGGAAUCGAA